AUGCCUCCCAGAAGACAAGCAGGCAGGCCGAGAAGGUACGCGCAAGUACCAGAGCAGAUACCUAGGAGAGACCAGGCUGGGGGAGCAGGAGCACAACCGCCACCUCCUCCACCACCGCCUCCUGCAGUGCCGGAGAGGCGAGUGGAAGAAACAUUUCUCAAACAGAACCCACCUGUGUUCAAUGGUCUGGGGAAUCCUGCUGCAGCAGAGACCUGGGUGCGUGCGAUCGAGCGCAUCUUUGAUUUUCUUCGGUGCACCGACAGAGAGCGACUCUCAUGUGUGAAGUUUCAGCUGGUUGAGUCCGCCGACUUCUGGUGGGAAGCUAGGCGAAAGGUUAUGACUCGUGAACAGUUGGAGCACCUGACCUGGGAGGAGUUUAAGAAUGAGCUGUACGGCAAGUACAUCCCCAAGAGCUACCGCAAGGCCAAAGAGGUGGAGUUUUACAGUUUGAAACAGGGAAAGAUGACAGUGACCGAGUACGAUAGGUUAUUCUGUGACAUGUCACGCUAUGCGCCUGAACUAGUAGACACGGACGAGAAAAUGGCCGAAAAGUUUUGUACUGGCCUGAGAUCGGAAAUAAGAAUGGCUCUGGCCAGUCAUGGAGGUCUGUCUUAUGUCGAGUCAUUGGGCCGGGCCCUGGACAUUGAGGCAGCUAUGCCCAAAGAGAGGCCGACGACACAUGUCACCACUGCUCCACCGCCGCCACAGCAGCGGUCCCCUCGAGAAAAGAGGAAAUGGGAAGGAGACCGAGUCCCGACUGAUGCUAAGAAACCACAGUUUGCCCCUAAGCCACAGCAGAACCGUUGGUACCAAACUGCCCCGACUCCAGCUGCGGAGCGCGGAGCCCAGGCACCUCUAUGUGCGAGAUGCUCGAAGAGACAUGACGGCGAGUGUAAGGCCGGGACUGGUGGAUGUUUCCACUGCGGGCAGAAGGGACAUUUUGCCAGAAACUGCCCGAGCAAGGCGACUGGAACGGGAGGACAGCGUCCGCAACUGCGGGCACUCCAGGUUGAACCAAGGAGAGAGAAGGCGAUGCUCCAUGCACCACGUCCUCAGCGACAGCUACGCCCGAGACUUCCCCCACAGGCAAGAGCCUUCGCACUGCAGCAGAAGCAGGCCAGGGCCGAGGAAGGGAAACGGGAGCAAGGCAAUUUGGCAGGUAUGGGAACUCUCCUCAACGUACCAAUCGCCCUUUUGUUUGAUACCGGUGCAUCACACUCCUUUAUAUCAACAUCUUGUGUGGAUACUUUGAACUUGCCUACGGACGUGAUGGAACAUAGUAUGAGGGUGUCCUCACCCGUAGGAGGCCUGAUAGAUAUCACACGAACGUGCUCAAACAUAAAAUUUUCCAUGGGAAACCUGAACCUAGUAGCUCAUAACUUACAUGUGAUGUUGAUGUGGAGCGUCGACAUUAUACUAGGAAUGGAUUGGUUAGCCGAGAACUACGCCACAAUCCGUUGUAAGGAGAGACAGAUAGCGCUACAAUACCCUGGGACAGAACCCGUAAUGUUUCAUGGGAUCUCCAUGAGGAAACGAAAAUCGAUUAUUUCUGCCCUACAAGCAACAACCAUGAUGAGGAAAGGAUGCCCUGCAUACCUCGUCUUUUUGAACAAAGAAGAGAAAAAGGACAAGAAAAUUGAGGACGUGGCAAUAGUACGAGAAUAUCCUGAUGUAUUCCCAGAAAAGCUACCAGGCUUGCCACCAAACAGGCAAUUGGAGUUCAGCAUCGAUCUGGAACCAGGAUCAGCUCCAAUAUCAAAGGCGCCUUACAGAAUGGCACCAAGGGAGUUAGAGGAACUCAAAAUGCAAUUACAGGAACUACUAGACCUGGGCUUCAUUCGACCCAGUGUGUCGCCGUGGGGCGCACCACUGCAAGGAGCUGGAGUGUUCUCGAAGAUGGAUUUGAGAUCGGGUUAUCACCAGUUGAGAGUUCGACAAGACGAUAUACCAAAGACUGCGUUCCGCACCAGAUAUGGCCAUUAUGAAUUUACGGUAAUGCCUUUUGGGCUUACCAAUGCUCCAGCUGUGUUCAUGGACCUAAUGAACCGCGUGUUCCACCCGUACCUGGACAAGUUCGUUCUGGUCUUCAUAGAUGAUGUGCUCAUCUAUUCGAAGAACAAAAAGGAACACGAGGAACAUUUGAGAACCACCUUGGAAACAAGGAUCUGA